AUGGCUUCAAUACCAGGUAUUUACAUGCUUUCCAAGUAUUUCAUUCGCUUUGCUAACAUCUUGGAUCUAGUUGUUGUGAAGCACCAGGGCAAGAAGCACGAUGUCGAAGUCGACCCUUCCUCCGACGGCGCGACGUUCAAACUGCAGCUAUUCUCCCUCACUGGCGUCGAGCCAGAGCGUCAGAAAAUCAUCGUCAAGGGCGGUCAGCUCAAGGAUGAUGCCGACAUGUCGAAGCUGGGUCUUAGACCCAAGCAGACCCUCAUGAUGAUGGGCACGCCGUCGGGAGAGGCAAACGCGAUAGAGAGACCGAAAGAGAAGAUCAGAUUCUUGGAGGACAUGACCGAAGCGGAAGCCGCACAAUCUGAAGGCGCCACACCAGCUGGCCUGCAGAACCUAGGCAACACCUGCUACAUGAAUUCUACACUCCAAACGUUGCGCUCUAUCCCUGAACUUCAAGAGGAGCUCUUGCAAUAUUCCGCCAGUAAUGCGGGCCCUAGUUCAGCAAGCCAGCUCACCCAGUUCGGUCUUGGUGGCCUCGGAGCCUCUAUGGAUCUAACCGGUAGCCUUCGCGACCUAUUCAAGCAAAUGUCCGAGACCCAACAGGGGUUCCCUCCGCUGAUGUUUCUCAACGCUCUUCGAACAGCUUUCCCUCAAUUCGCGCAGAAAGCCAAGGAUGGACACGGUUACGCACAGCAGGACGCAGAGGAGGCAUGGUCACAGAUCGUGUCGCAGCUCCGACAAAAGCUCAAGAUCAAGGAUACGGGAGCAUCUGACGGUGAAACAGCGAAGGAUUUGUCUUUUAUCGACAAAUACAUGGCAGGGAAGUUCGAGUCUGUCAUGGAAUGUGAUGAGCCUGCGGCUAGAGAAGGAGGUGAGGUUGCCGUUGAGAGCGAAGAUGUUUUCUUCAAGCUCAACUGCCACAUCACUGUUGAGACGAACCACCUCCGUGAUGGACUGGCCGCUGGCUUGAAGGAGCAGAUUGAGAAGCGCUCUGAGCUUCUGGGGCGAGAUGCCUUAUACACCAAGACCUCCCGCAUCGCACGACUUCCAAAAUACCUUACGGUGCACUUUGUGCGCUUCGACUGGCGGCGGACGACCAACAAGAAAGCAAAGAUCAUGCGCAAGGUCACUUUUCCUGAAGAGCUAGACGCGGUUGAGUUCUGCACGGACGAUUUGAAGAAGCUGUUGAUUCCGGUCCGAGACAAGAUUCGCGACAUCCGGAAAGAAGAGGAGGAUGUAGAGCGAGCCCGUAAGCGACAACGGCGCAUGAAGGCCGGUGAGGAGAACGACGUUUCCUCGGAUAGCAAAGAGCCUCUCCAGAAGAAGUCCGAGGCUAGGAAGGCUGCUGAAAAGGCGAAAGAGGAAGACACGGAGAUGCCGGACGUAGAAUACAAGACAGAGGCCCAGAUUGAAGAGGAGCGGGCAGCGUCCAUCCUCAACUCCAAGAAGGAACUUCUCGCGUUGGUCGAUCAGAAGCUGGCUGCGGACGAGGGGGCGAACCAGACCGGCCUUUACGAACUCCGCGGUGUCAUCACGCACCAGGGUGCCAGUGCUGAUAGCGGACAUUAUACUUCUUUCGUGAAGAAGCAAGGCGCAAAAGACCCGGUGACUGGUAAGAGGAAAGAGGAAGACGGAAAGUGGUGGUGGUUCAAUGACGACAAGGUUUCGGAAGUAGAUACUGAGCGGAUCCAGACACUAUCUGGCGGCGGGAACACCGUCGACGAGGAGAAGAAGGCGUAG